CCAGUUGCCUGUACUGUAGGAAAAAAAAAAUAAAAAAUCCUUCCAUGUUUGGUUGAAAAGAAGAACAAAACCACCACCACCACCGCGAUGACCUCCUCAGCUGUUCGAUUUCACCGCUUCAAACUCCGCAAAAAACCCUAGCUCCUCUUCUUCCUCCUUUAAAUUAGCUUCAUUUUUUUCCUUCUUUUGGAAUUAAUAUUUGUAUUUUACAAACAAACAGAAAAGGGAAAAAAAUGGAUGCAGUGGUAGAAGCUUCACUCCUCGGUCGCUCCACAUCUGUAACCGUUCCCAAACCCCCAUUUCGCAAUUUCCGAACUUUGACUUUCAAAUUUUUCCCCAAAUUUCCCUCAAGAAACGGAGUUUACACUUACCGCCCCACAAUUAUCAACUCCACUUCAUCCCCCAGUUCGAGAAAUCUAUUCAAUUCCCAACGGAUUAGAAUUAGUCCGAAAAUUGAAGCUUUUAGUGGUUCGUUAGCAAUUAGUAGGGAUUACGAGGGGGAGAAUGUGGAAAAAUCUUCGGGGACGGCAGUGGCAGGGACGAAUUCAGGUUUUGUGGAGGUUUCAUUGAGGAGAGGAUUGGUUUUGGCAGUGUUUAUUUGUGGGUUUAUGGUGUUGUCGUGUCGCAAAGCGGUGGCGGUGGAGGGAGUACUGAAUGCGGGAUGGAAUGGCGUUUUUGAGAGGAGUGGGAUGGCUUUGAGGAGUUCUUGGCCUAAGGUUUUGCAGGUUCUUUGGGUUUUUAAGGAGCAAGGUCUGGUUCUGGCUGCGUUGUUGGGUUUAUCGGCGUUUUUCUCCAUGGCUGAGACCUCUAUAACUACUCUUUGGCCUUGGAAGGUGCGGGAGCUAGCUGAAAAAGAAUCUGAAAAUGGUGUUUUUAAAAUGCUCCGUAGCGAUGUUACUCGGUUUUUGACGACUAUCCUCAUUGGCACAACCGUGGUUAAUAUUGGAGCUACGGCAUUGGUUACAGAGGCUGCAACGGCAAUAUUUGGUGAAGCUGGUGUGAGUGCUGCGACUGGAGUAAUGACGGUGGCUAUUUUGCUCCUCACUGAAAUUACUCCAAAAAGUAUAGCUGUUCAUAAUGCCACCGAUGUUGCUAGGUUUGUGGUCAGGCCUGUGGCGUGGCUUUCCUUGAUACUGUAUCCUGUAGGAAGAGUGGUCACAUAUUUGUCAAUGGGAAUGCUGAAACUCCUUGGUUUGAAGGGAAGAAGUGAACCUUAUGUUACUGAAGAUGAAUUGAAGUUAAUGUUGCGUGGAGCAGAGUUAAGUGGGGCAAUUGAGGAGGAAGAACAGGACAUGAUUGAAAAUGUGUUAGAGAUAAAAGAUACACAUGUAAGAGAGGUGAUGACACCUCUUGUUGAUGUUGUUGCAAUUGAUGCCAGUGCAACACUUGUUGAUUUUCAUGAUUUGUGGGUGACUCAUCAGUACUCCAGAGUGCCUGUCUUUGAACAGCGUAUUGACAACAUAGUUGGCAUUGCCUAUGCAAUGGAUCUUCUAGAUUUUGUCCAAAAGGGGGAUCUACUAGAAAGUUCUGUUGUGGGAGAUAUGGCACAUAAACCUGCAUACUUUGUGCCUGAUUCGAUGUCAGUGUGGAAUCUUCUUAGGGAGUUCCGCAUCAGAAAAGUACAUAUGGCUGUUGUUCUUAACGAGUAUGGAGGAACUAUUGGAUUAGUAACACUUGAAGAUGUGGUUGAGGAAAUUGUUGGUGAGAUCUUUGAUGAAAAUGAUUCAAGUCAGGAGGAAAUUCAGAAAAAAACUGGUUAUAUUGUAAUGCGGGCUCAAGGCAUAUACGAUGUGGAUGCGAACACCUCUAUUGACCAUCUUUCUGAGGAUCUAAAUAUCAAAAUGCCUGAGGGUCAUCAGUAUGAGACGGUGUCUGGUUUUGUCUGCGAAGCAUUUGGUUACAUCCCAAGGACUGGUGAGACUAUAAAAGUGGUGCUUGAAAGGGAAAAUGAAGAAGAGAAUGAUGAGUAUAAAGAGGCAGAAUCUGAUCGGACAGAUCAACAUGAAAAGAGUCAAAUAUUUAAGCUUGAGAUACUAGCGGGAAAUGCUAGAAAGGUGAGUGCCGUCCGGUUUGAAAGGGUAAACCAAGAUGAUGAAUCGGAGACAAAAGAGGUGACCCGGUUGUUCCCUAAGAUUAUGAAGAAGAAAUGGGGUGCUGAUGGCGACACAGACAAGGCCGACGAUGGGGUCCUAGUUAAGGAGAUAGUCGACCACAACCUUUCUGAUGACACUGUAAAUGCUGAGCAGGUUGACAAUCAUGACCAUCAAAUCAAACAAUAAUAAUAGCAUUUCACAUUCUAACGAC